GGAAGUUGUACGUGUGACGCUGCUUUCCCUCUCCCACAAUACCUCGCGGUCUUCCUUUCCAACCCGGGUCUGGCAGGAUGGCUCCCGCAAAGAAGGGUGGCGAGAAGAAGAAGGGCCGUUCUGCCAUCAACGAGGUAGUGACCAGAGAAUACACCAUCAACAUUCAUCUCAGGGGUUUCAAGAAGCGUGCCCCUCGGGCACUCAAAGAGAUCCGGAAAUUUGCUAUGAAGGAGAUGGGAACCCCAGAUGUGCGCAUCGACACCAGGCUCAACAAAGCUGUCUGGGCCAAAGGAAUAAGGAAUGUUCCAUACCGUAUCCGUGUGCGGCUGUCCAGAAAACGUAACGAGGAUGAGGAUUCACCAAACAAGCUCUAUACAUUGGUUACCUAUGUACCUGUCACCACUUUUAAAAAUCUACAGACUGUUAAUGUGGAUGAGAACUAAUUGCUGAUUAUCAAAUAAAGGUAUAAAACUGC